AUGAUGAUUAAGCCAUAUGUGAGACAGGGUGAGGGAGAGGAGGUCGUCAGCCCUCUGCAGUGGAUGGAUGAAGACACCAGCUCACCUGAUGGAGACACACCAGUGUCCUCUCAUCUUUACAGAGCAGGUGGGACGAACCAACAGGUCAGGGAGAUGGGGAGUGAGGAUGCGGAGGAAGACGAGGAGGACGAAGAGGAAGGAGAGGAGGAUGACAACAAGUCCAAACGACGAGGGCCUAAGAAAAAGCGGAUGACCAAAGCCCGACAGGAGCGUUUCCGUGCGAGGCGCAUAAAGGCUAACGCCAGGGAGCGCUCACGUAUGCAUGGUCUAAAUGAUGCACUGGAGAACCUCCGCAGCAUCAUGCCCUGUCACUCCAAAACCCAGAAACUGUCCAAGAUCGAGACAUUACGGCUGGCCCGCAACUACAUCUGUGCUCUGUCUGAGGCGCUGGAGGGGGGGCUGUCCACAGAGAGCAGGGCUUUCAUGGAGACACUGUGUAAGGGACUCUCACAGCCCACCACCAACCUGGUGGCUGGCUGCUUGCAGGUGGGACCAGCUCCUGGUGCUGGGAUGAGGCCUGAGGACAGACACGGUGUUCGGGCACCACCUACUCCUCUUGGUGGCAUGGUGAGCUACUCUUCUCCAGGCCUGCCAAGUCCUCCAUAUGGCACUUUUGACUCUGCUCACCUUCUUCACCUGAGGGCGAUGAAGGGAGGAGCGUAUGAGAACCACUCGCCACACGAGUAUAACACUGGCGGUGUGGGGACCCCUCCAUACGAUGGCCCUCCUACACCACCUCUGAGCAUCACCAGUAACCUGGUGCCCAAACAGGAGCCUUCACCCCAUUACCCACCCCCACACCAAUACUCCCCUUCCCCUGUAGACCAGGGCCUGUAUCAGACUCAGAGCGGCUAUGACGCACACUUAGAGGGACCAUAUGACUCCUACCAUCCACCGCACAUGCCCCCCCGACACAUAACCUCCGUCUACAGAGACUAA